AUGAUGCUGGUACACAUUACUUUAAAGAAUGCUACAUUGAAGGCUCCAUUGAUUCCACUUUUGAAAAUGGCAGAUCCAUCUACAAGGUGCAGAGCAUUUGGUUUUUGCAUUGUGUCGGGUGCAAGGUUGAUUCGGUUUGGCUUUGGUUUGAUGGUGUGGGAUGUGAGAAUCCGGAAGAUUGAUCCUUCAAACUCACAAAACAGAUUGUUGAUAGAAUCUUCUAGAGAUAUCACAAUAAACAUCCGUCAGGGGCUUGAUACCAUUGACAUUGUAACCAGUGCAAGCUUAGUUUCCCCUAAAUGGCGGAACAUCUGCAAGUAUCCUCAGGUGUGGCACACCAUUAGUAUGACCGGAAGCUCUUCACACUGGAAUGAUUCGGAUCUGGUGAAGAUUUGUUUUAAUGUUACUGAACAAAGUCGCGAUCAUUUGGAAGAAAAUGAUAUUGAACGUUUUUCCAAUAACGAUCUCCUUAUAUGCAUAGCUGAGAAAGCCAGUAACCUACGAUGCAUGCGGCUUUUAAAUAACUGGGGAAUCUCGGAGAUUGUAUUUGCUGAGUCAGUGAGAAAGCUUCCAAAGUUGGAGGAGGUGGACAUUUCAAUCUUCUAUUUUUCAAAGUUAUCUCUUGGAAUCAUUGGCCUGUCUACUUUUGUAAGGGUUGAGCAUCUGUGCAAACAAGUGUUAGAAGAGAAAAAGGGUAAAUGAAUGAUGAUAAGUUGGUUACUAUGAGAGGAGAAGUUAUGUCUCAACAAGUUGAUGAUUCAGUUUCUUCUAAGAUGGAAAAGGAUUUGAAGACAAAUUUAGGAUACCAAUCUACUUCUUUGCCACGCUUAGGUUUAUGCUCAUUUGCUUUAUCUAUAUUAGUUUAUUCUUUCAUGCUUUUAUGUAAUUGAUGAUUAUGAAAUACUAUGUAUCAUUGAGUUUGUGACGUCUAGAUUGUGAUGAAUGCUAUUGGUUUUGUCCCGAAGGACUAUUGCUUCUGA